UAUUUCUACUCCAAAGAUCCAAAUGGAUGCCCCUUCCCGGAGGGCAUUGGAAGAAUGUCAUGAUCAAAUUGUGCGAGACCUUGACGUAAAGUUUGUGAUCACAAAGCUGCUGGAGAACCAUGUCAUAUCCAGGGAAGACUGGGAGGACAUUGAUGCUUGGCCAGAGACCCAGGCCAUCAGGCGUUGCCAGAAGUUGCUGGAUAUCUUGAAAUCAAAAUGCACCAGAGAAUUAUUUGACAAAUUUGUUGCAAUUCUGAAAGAUGAUUAUUCAUGGCUUGCCAAUUCCCUCAAAGAGGCAAGGGGGUCCAAGCUGUCCAGAAGCAGAACCAUUGAUGUGCAAUAUUACAUCAGAAGGGGUGGCAUACCUUCAGCCCCGAAGUAUCUGGUUCCUCGACCAUCUUUAACAAUGGAAAUCUCUUCCAAAUUGCAUGGUAUGAGAGACCAGGACUUCCUUGUUCUUCAUGGGAUGACUGGCUCUGGGAAGUCAGUAUUGGCAACUGAAGUGGCACGGGAUUCACAGAUGAUAUCUGAGUGCUUUCCUGAUGGGAUUUUCUGGGUGAAAGUGGGAGAAGUCGACCAGGAAUCUCUCCUUGCUAAGAUGCAGCUGCUAUAUGAGAAACUUGACCAUGAAAGCUCCCGCACGAAUGUAUUGCUUCCAUCAAUAGAAUUUGCUCGAGGACGUCUUCAGAGGGUCCUUGAAAAUCAGGGUGAUAUUGGGCGACGCCCAUCCACAAAGAAGAUACUCUUGGUGCUUGAUGAUGUAUGGAGUGCAAAAGUCAUUCAUGCUUUUGACAUUGGUUGCAAGGUGCUGGUCACAACUCAGGAUCAGAGUGUGAUUAAUGGUGCCAAGGAUGAAGGCAGAGCACACUUCAUUCAGGUGACCCAUGGCCUAACAGUGGAGGAAUCCAAAGAACUUCUGGCUAGAUGGGUGCAAAAUGGAAAUUCAGCAGAGGAUCUCCCACAGGAGGCUGAGGACAUUCAUGAUCUAUGCAGAGGAUCUCCCAUGAUGCUAUCACUGGUAGGCUCAAUGUUGGCUGAUAAUCAGCGCUCCAAUAAGUGGAUGUACAUGAUUGACAAACUGAAGCAGAAGAAGCUCAGCUUAGUCACGAAGCAGAGAGAUUAUGGACAUCUGACUGUCAAUGAUGCUAUUGCAAUGAGUUUGGAAAACUUGAAAGAAGACCUGCAAAAGAAAUACCAAUGUCUGGCUGUGUUCAUGGAUGAUGUCUGCUUCUCCUCAGAAUCCUUGGCAGCAUUAUGGGAUAUGGAUCCAGAGGAGGCAGAUGAACCAGGGCUCAUUCUGGUGAGGAAGUCUCUUCUCACAAGAGAAUAUGAUAGUCGCACAGACACUCAUGUCUAUGCCAUCCAUGACCUGCAACUCAAUUAUCUGAAGAGCCUGAUUGAUGAAGAAGAGCUAAAGCAGCUCCAUGAGAAGCUGGUUGUCUGGUACCUCAAGAAAGCCACGGAGGGGAAUUACAUGAAUGUGCCUCAUGAUAAUUACUUUUUCUGGUGGGUGGGCCACCACAUCUACUGUGCUAAGCGCUAUGAUCUCUUCCCUGAGUUGUACCUCAACCUGAGCUUUGUUUGUGCCAAGAUCCAAGCAACAGGGCCAUCUGAUCUCCUCAAUGACUUUGAGAAGUACAAAGAAUAUCUUGACUCAGAUCCACUGAUGGAAGGACUGAAUACCGUGAACCACAAGAAGAGAUUGGAUAUAAUGGAGUUUGUUCGAACACAUUCACACGAGCUGGAUGAAGCUUAUUCUGACAUCUUGCAGUUGGCAUUGUCUGAGCCUGCAGCAUCUCAUGUGCGGAUGGAAGCAGAGGGAUUGAUUGAUCAGAGACCUCAAAAGUUGUACCUGGAAUGCAUGAAGGCACCAAAAAAGCCAGGAUUGCAGUUGACCAGACUCCAUUCUGAAACUGUCCAGUGUGCCCUCUUUCUUCACGAUGGGUCCAAUAUUCUUGUUGGAGAGGCAUCUGGAAUCAUUCGAUUAUGGGAUGCUAAGUCUGGAGUGGAACAGGAAACCUUUAUUGGACAUGCAAACCAACCUGUGACAGGUCUUGCAAUUACAAGUGAUGGAUCUCUUUUCAUUUCAACAUGUGAAGAUGGGAGUGCCAAGGUUUGGAAAAUCCUAGAUGCAACCAAGCAGCAGAAGAGACGUAGUCGUACACCAUCAGGAAACUCCCUCCUGUAUUCACCACGCCUGAGACCACUGAGUUGGGCAGAGCAUUUCCUUGAUGAGGGAAAGGCAAGUGAAGACCGAAGCAUAAAAACCUUCUCUGGUCACCAGAGCCAGAGAGUCCUUUGCUGUGGGUUGUAUGACAAGACCAAGCUGGCAUGCACCGGAGCUGGUGAUGGCUUUGUCAAGGUGUGGUCCUAUGGAGAUUCCCCUGAGGUUACCUCCCUCCCACAUCGCAGUAAAGUGAAGGCAGUGAAGUUCUCCUCCCUUGGAGAUGUCCUUGCAGUUGGCUGUGAAGAUUCCACGAUCUUCCUCUAUGAAAUGAUAAAUUGGAACAGAGUUUUUUCUUUCAAGCAACAUCGAAUGGCCAUCGUUGAUAUCCAUUUUUUACAAGGUGGUCAAGGGAUCAUUACAGUUUCUGAAAAUGACAUCUUCAAAUGGUCCCACCUACUUGAGCUUGAGGAGAAGGACAUUGAAAAUGGGAAUGUUUCCCCAAACAUGGAUGCAGUUGGAAGGAGGGAGUCAGACAGCAGUGCUGUCCCGGAAUCCCUCAGUCGAUCUCGCUUCAUCAAAAAGCAUUCAACUGGCUCACGAUUUCGUUCUCAUGUUCAGGGUGUUCAAGUGCAAUUAAGGAACCAGUCAACUAACCAGUUGGUGUACACAUGCUCAAGUGUAAGCAAGAGUGGGAAGUAUCUAGCAGUUGGAACCCAUGCCAAGGAUAUCAUCAUCUGGGAUGUUGAGAGUCAGUACAUAACUGCCUUUCAAAAGCCUCAUAGCAGCUCCGUGACAGUCAUGCAUUUUUCACCAAAUGAGAACUACCUCUUGUCAUCAUGUGGUGCAACCCUCAUGAUUUGGGAUGUCUCCAGUUUCCUUUCUCUGGAAGUUGCUCCCUUAACAUCUGUCUUUAAUGCUCGGUUCAAAGUUACUCAACCAGACCAGCCUGUCAUUGCUAUUGCAGGGCGCAACUCCUGUUUGCAUGUGUUCUCUGGCAUGGAGGGGAACAAAGUUUGUGAAGGUGUGAAGGAAGACAACCUGAUUACCUGUAUACAGAUUCUGGAAGAUUGUUCUUGGAUAGCAUAUGGGAUAGAAGAUGGGCGUGUUGUACUCUUCAGCGUCCGUGAUAAGAAACCCUAUAGGCUCUACCAACACGAAAAUGACAGCAGCAUCACAAGUUUGGCUGUUGGAGGUGGAGAUCGGUUCAUCAUCUCGGCAGAUAUGAAUGGACGCAUAAAGAUCUUCCAGAGGGACCGAAAAUCUGGUCACAAGGGGAAGUUGGUUCAGUGUCAGCCUCAUCCAAACUACAUGAUAGACCAAAUGACCAUCCUCAAAUAUUCAACCCUACUCUGUGCUCUUCUACGGGAUGGGAGCAUACACUUCUACAGUCUUGAUGAUGGGAGCCAAAUGUAUAAGUUGUCUAUGGCAAAGGGAGGGCUAACAAGCAUUGAUGUGUCAACGGAUGAGGUGCACAUUUGUGGAGGUGCUCAUUAUGGACAUUGUGUUUAUGUGUGGGCCAUACCUCCUGACUGGGUGAAUGGGAAAAAGGGAUGCUUUCAUGACCCCAAGGUACUCUAUGGGCCUCAUAAUACCAUUCGAGUCUGUAGAUUUUCUCAGCAGGGUCAUCGCAUUGCUGCUUCAGACAAACUUGGACUUAUCUAUGUAUGGAAUGCAAAAACAGGAGAUCUCUUGACACCUAGCCCUCUCAUGCUUCAUUCAAACCUAGUACGAGAUCUCCGCUUCUCCAUGUGUGGUUCCUUUCUGGUAACUGUGGGAGAAAAAAUUGCUUGGUGGGAUAUUUGGGCACUCCUCUCAACACCAAUUCAAGCUCCAAGUCCAUCAAGUGAAGAAAGCUUUGAUGGGUCUAUUGAAUCUAGCUUUCGUAGAAUGAUGAACGGAUUCCGCUCCCGAAUGCGAAUUGGAAAUGGAAUAAUGGGCUCUUCUUCUACUAAAGAAUGUCGAUGUGGCAGCAUUCUGCACACAAAAAGAGGAAGACGUGGGAAAAGAGAACUACUGCAGGCCAUGGAACUGAGUGGAAACACAGCUAACUGGGUGAUUGCUUCACCAGACUUCAAUGUCUUCAUCACUGUCAAUGAAUCAGGGAUGUUCUACAUUUUCAGAGCCAUCAUUUGAUCACUGCCUCUAUUUUCUACUAGGCCUAUUUACUAUACAACUGCCUUUCUCUGCUUCUUUCAAAGAUCUCAAAUGCCUUUCAGGGCUUUCUUUUCACUCUGUCUCUUGAUCAGUAACAUAAGUCUUGCUCAAGUUGCCUCUGUGACUUUUCCUAAGAAAUUUAUCUCUGGUUUUUCUAAUUGUUUGUGUUGACAGAUUGUGAUGAAUGAUACAAUCAUCAGUUUGCAUGUAGCCAUUCCGUGAUUGUCAGUUAUCUGUGAUUAUGAGAUUCCUUUCACUCAAUUACCAUUAGAUCGUGUUAAUUUAUGAAUUUUCUACUUACAUGUACAGGAACUAUGGAAAAAAUGCAGUAGAAGAGUACCUGCUAUUUGAUAAUACCAACCUG